AUGGAUAAUGAAGACCAAGGUCGCGAUUUACACAUGCAAUCGAAGAAAGCCCCAGAAACAAAUCUCCCACCACUCAGAAUGACAACAGAAGCUGGUAUGUCACCAUCUAGGAAAAUGUCAGAAGCUAAUUUACAGCUGACAGAGUCUCCAGAAAGCAGCAGGAAGAAAGAGAUAAUAAAUGGGAAAACAAGCGUGCACACUUCUGGGGACACCUUCUCUCAGCAUCUGGUCAGGUCAUUUGUACCAGGAGACUAUCAUCAGGACCUAGAAGGCACAGAGGACAGUGGCACGUACGUGAGCGAUCAGACAAGUAAACUGGUCUGCACGGCGUUCCAGAGAUCUCCAGAGACUGUCUGCAAUCUGAGCAGCAACUCGGGCAUGGCCUCUGUGUCCUCGGUUAGUGGGAGUGUUCUGAGUGUGUGCAGCACAGACUUCACAGGUGUUGAAGUCCAAGGGACCAUCCAGUUCUCCAUCAGCUAUGUGGAGAGGUUGAGGGAGUUCAACAUCUUCGUUGUUCAGUGCCAGAACCUAGCGAUCGUUGAUCCCAAACGGAGACGGACUGACCCGUAUGUUAAAAGUUACCUUGUGCCUGAUUCUGCCAAUCUGGGAAAAAGGAAAACCUCAGUGAAGAAGAGGACGUUAAACCCCACAUACAAGGAGAGUCUUAUGACCCCCAAUGGGGACCAGCCAGCAGAUAACAGCGGUGAGAUGAGACUGGCUGUGCGCUACCUGCCCCAGGUUUCCCACGCAAGGAUGCUUCCUAACUCGGGCGAAGUGCAUAUCUGGAUCAAAAACUGCAAGAACCUUCCUCUGGUCAAAGGUGCACCUGUAGAUCCCUAUUUGAAAUGUGUCAUACUGCCUGACACCAGUAAAAAGGGCCGUCAGAAGACGCGGGUGCUGAAGAAGACAGCGAAUCCCGUGUUUAACCACACUAUGGUGUACGAUGGCUUUGGAGAAGAGGACCUGAAGGAGGCCUGUGUGGAGUUAACCGUGUGGGACCAGAACCGGCUGGCCAAUCGCCUGAUCGGAGGGCUACGGCUAAGUCUGGGAACAGGCUCGAGCUAUGGUGUGAGUGUGACCUGGAUGGACUCCACUGCUCAGGAAGUGGCUUUGUGGGAAAGGAUGAUGAACUCGCCACAUGAGUGGAUAGAGGACGUGUUGCCUUUGAGAAGGGUGGCCACAGCCAAAACUAAAAGAAAAUAACAUGGAAUGAAACCAGGGUGAAUGAUCUUUUAAUGAGGAGGCUAGAUUACAUAGAGACAUGUAAUGAGCUGAGUGUGUAUUUACAGUUUUUUUCAUUCUUAAAAUGGACAUACACUCGCACACUUACAUAUAAAUGGAUUUUAUCUUAUUCACAGCAUA